AUGUGGCCAGACAAAGCUCCCAGGGACCCAGCCAACCAAGGAAACUUUGUUUCCAACACGAUAGAUUCAUUCUUCAGGUAUUUACGCAACAUUCAGCGACAGCCGGUCCCAAUGCAGAUUGGAAUUGGAGCCACUGGUGGAAUGUAAGUUCUUCUCCUUUUUUUUAUUGUGUUUGGUGUUUAGAGUCACUGGAUACGUGUUCACAAGGACCUCGAAGUUCUUUGCUGCCAUUUUGGGAAGCACAUUGUUGAUUUUACAGGUAUUAUUUUGGGAGUUAUGUUAUACUUGAUGUUAGAUGGAAAACACUUUGUUUUGGCAAGAUUGACGUGUAGAAAGGCUGUUAAUUGCUAUUGAGCAUGUCAGGAGCCUUUAUCCUCUUGCUAGAAUAGUUUUUAGGCUGUGGUGUUUCACAGGGAAGAAAUUUUUGAUGUUUCACUUGGUUUAGGUAACAAGCGGAUUUUCAAGCUGUAGACAUCGUUUAGAACUUUCGAAAUAAGCUGUAAAAGAUGCUGAAUGAUCUAGUGAAGAGACCUAUGACGGUUUCCAACUGGAGUUACACUGAAUUGUAUCGGUAUCAUCCAUUUCUUUAUAUUACACUAGCCGGUUUGAUGAUAACCAAAAAAUUUUGACGUUUGACGAUGAAAGUGGCUGCUUGAUGAUGUCCUAAAUUUGGUGUUACUCUCAGUCAUGCUUUUACUAAUAUUUUUGUAUUCAUUUACACGCCUAUUUCCUUGCAGUUCUUCAACUACCGCGGCUACAUCAAGCUGAACAAAAGUCAAUUCCAGCAGGAUUUGGACGACAUCAGUGACAAUCUUCGGGCGCAGUUCGGUGCAACACGGUCGGCUGUUCCAUCCAGCCGCGAGCUGGACGAUUUUGUGACCAAGAACGCGUACCUUUUCACCGGCUUCAUCGGCGGAUCCCUGAUUGGCUAUGGAUUCGCUUAA